CACAUACUAGUCAUUGUCUAAAGACUUCCAUAAAUUUAUGCACUAAAAGUCUCAAAGAAAAGCAAAGGCAGCAUCCCAUGGCAAACAACGAUGGAUGUGGCAACCUAGACAUCAAUUACGUUGAUUUUGAACCUUAUUGUAGGUGGCGAAGAGACGAGAAGAUCAAACGAGAAGACCCAAGAGACAGGAAAAUCAAACGAGAGUUAGGAGACAUUCUUGAGGUCCAUCUCUAUGGAUUCAAAAAGGAACAACUGAAGGUUUCCAUGGCCGGGAAAACCUUGAAAGUCAAAGGAGAAAUGGAGCCGGAUGAGAAUAAAUUGAUCAAAAGAUUUUCUAAAGAAGUCGAUAUUUCCAAGGAUUAUCAGACAGACAACAUAAAAGUUACGUUUAUUCGUGGUGUUCUUUCCUUCACAAUGCUUAAGAAAGUUCCCUUGUGGAGGCAGGCAUGGAAACAGCUUGGCUCAGAGGGUUUCCUUUGCACGACGGAAAUGGACAUGGAGAAGUUGGUGAAAAUCACAGCAGCAGCCUUUCUUGGGAUGGCUGUUGGGUAUCUUGCAUCCAACCUUUUUUAUUGUGAAGAUGUUUAAGCUUUAAGGUUUGGUUGAUUGAGCAUGCUCAAGAAAUAUCACAUUGAAUGCAAUAAUAAUAAUAAUAAUAAUAAUACUAAUUCAUCUUGUUUAAUAAAUUUGCUAAAUUUAUUCCAUGUGGUUUUAUAUUUGAAUUGUACUCUAAUUUUAAAUUAUUUCCUUCAAUAUAAUUUAUCUUCAACUUUGAUCA